AUGGCUGACAUGUCAAUGAUAAACAGACUGUUGGUUCUUUAUGCUUUGCUUAUUUUAUGCCAUGCAAUAACACCAACUCAGAGAUUUCUAGGGUUAAGACCCAGAGCUUCAGAGCCCCAACAAACUGAACAACAGAUACCUAGUGAAAUUCCACCACAUGAACCGGCAGCUAUAGAAGAACUUUCACAAAGGUGUGCAGUAGAGGAGCAGGAAAAAGUGCAGUGUGGACAAGCUGGCAUUACUGCUACUGACUGUGCAUCCAUACAGUGCUGUUUUAAUGGAACACAGUGUUACUAUGGUAAAGCAGUGACUGUCCAGUGUAUCAGAGAUGGUCAGUUUGUGGUUGUUGUGGCUCGGGAUACCACUGUACCACAGCUAAGCUUGGAUUCAGUUCAUCUGUUGGGGAAUGAAGCAUCAUGCAGCCCUGUUGGUAUCACUGCUGCUUUUACAAUUUAUCAAUUUCCUGUCACUGCUUGUGGAACAAAGAUCACUGAAAAAGAUGGUCAUGUGAUCUAUGAAAAUGCAAUGACCUCAUCUUAUGAUGUUGAAAUUGGCCCCCUAGGUGCUAUCAUGAGGGAUAGCCAUUUUAAACUUCUAUUUCAGUGCAGGUACUCUGUAACUGCAGUGGAGGCGAUGGUUCUCAAGGUCGAUGGUACUCCUCCACUUCUACCAGUGGCUGUUUCUGGGCCCCUCAGACUGGAACUUAGAUUGGGCAAUGGUCAGUGUACAGUUGAAGGAUGUAUGGAGGGUGAUGUGGCUUAUUCUUCAUACUACAAUGAGACUGACUACCCAGUCACAAAAGUUCUUCGAGAUCCUGUUUAUGUAGAAGUGCGCAUUUUGGAGAGAACUGAUCCCAGUAUUGUCUUGACUUUGGGACGCUGCUGGGCAACCUCCAGCUCUGAUCUUUUGAGCCUACCUCAGUGGGAUCUUUUGGUUGAUGGGUGUCCAUACUCAGCUGACCGUCACAUGACCAACUUGGUUCCAUUGAAUGACACUUCAGGCCUUCAGUUCCCUACUCAUUAUAAACGCUUUAUUGUGAAGAUGUUUGCAUUUGUCGAUCAGGAAUCACUUACCCCUCUGAGGGAAACGGUGUUUAUUCACUGUACAGCAGCCGUGUGCCUUCCAACAGAAUCGGACCGUUGUGAGCAGAAAUGUAGUAGACAAAGGAGAGAGGUUUCACUGGCAACGAAAACUAGUUCAAACAGUGUUGUGGUCUCCAGUGGUAAACUGGUCCUUGUUUAUAUGUAACUAUUUUAAAUAAAAUUUGUA